AAAACUCUGUACGAUGUUGAUAAUACCAUUAUACCCAACAUGUUAUCGUCUCCGCCAUCCCCCAUCAGAGUCACGAUGACCGUCACCAAUGCAUUCGUAAAACUACGACGGAGCACGUCAAAGACUGAAUCCAUUGACUCCACUUCCGGCGAGCCACAGACUCACCCCUUACUGCGAGGAGAGGGUGCUACGUCAAAACGCAAAAUACCGCUGGUGCAGAACGACCUGUUCUUUUGUAGAGAUGCAGUGGAUGUUCCCAAGCUGUUGAGGGGGUCGAGAGCAAGCUUGUUCGAGAGAGCAGAGAACAUAGGUGCAAAUGUAUUGGUAGACGAACGCUGGGAGUGUUCAAUACGUGUCCCCAGGGACAGACGACAUGGAUCUUUUAAAGUUCAGGUCCGCUAUCACGCCUCGGCUUCGCGAUCGUCCCUUUCAGAUCCUCAAAAACCAGUUGCCUUGGACCGAGUACAGAAUGUGUCUGGGCUGAUGACAAUCGUGGACCGCGAAGAAUUGUCACUGUAAAAGCAGUGUCUGAUGAUACUUGCCUCUGCGCUCCUUUCUCCUGCAGGCAUUUUUGUUACUAUAGCAACAUCACCAUAAUCACAUACAUUGUACUCUAGCAAUCACAGUCUGGUAUUGUAUUCAUCUCAUUUAUCUCCAUUCCACGCUCUUUCAUCAUGUUUUCUCAAAAGACACUGCGACUUUCACAUACCCCUUAACUUAUCUCGAGAAAUUUAUGGUGGCACAUUCAAUUUACUCAUCUACAAUAUACAGU